CCCGCCGCGCCCCCCCUCCCCCAGCCCGGCGACGCCCAGCGCCGGGAUUCGGAUCUCGGCCCAGCCGCGAGGUCAGCAGCCCGUUCUGCCCUGAACCGGGAGGAAUGUUCGCGGCGGCCUCGGCCCGGGUCCGAGAAGAAAGGCAGCCUUGUGGGCGAAAGAUCCCGCUGCGCGGACACCCCCUGCGCUUGUGUUUGGGGGCUCGGGAGUAUUUUCUGGACGAUCAGCUCUUAGAACUGCAGGUGACUGCAUUUACUCUUCUGAGAGCCAUCGCUGCCGUGCCCUGUCAGAGGCCUGUGUCCUGUAGCGUCCCACCAGCCGUGCCUCCACCCACGAGGAAACUGAGGCACAGACACAGUCAGCUGUUCUUAAGGGUGAGCAGAAAUGCUUCACCUGAGUCUCUCCUAAAAAAACAAAACGCAAACAGCCAAAACACUUCUUUCUUGCUUUCGUCUCUUCCUGAUUGCAAAAGAGAAACGUGUCCGUGGCAGAAACUUGAGAAAAUACAGAUCACAAAGUUAGAAAAUAAGGCCUUCACCCUCCCCACCGCCCAUCACCAGCCUCUCUGGCUGGACUCGCAGUCCCCUCCUCACUGGUCUCCCUGCUUCCAGACUAGCUCCCCCACAGUCCCUUACAGGUUAACAGGGCCAUUUUGCAAAGCCCCAACGCCGGGGCCAUGUGGCAAUUCUGGGGACGUUUUAGGUUGUCACAACUGGCAGAGGGGUGUGCUACUGGCAUCUGGUGGGUGGAGGCCCCUGCUAAACAUCCUGCAGUGCCCAGAGAAUGAUCCAGCUCCAAGGUCAAUAGCACCGAGGCUGAGAACCCUAUGUAACCGAGUCACGUCCUGUCUGUCCGGUGCUCAGACCUUCCACGGCUCCCACCUCACACAGGAGACAGCCAAGUCUCACAGUGGCCACAGGGCCCUGCAGGAUGCGCCCCAUUGCCUCCCCACCCUCCCUCCCUGGGCUCCGGCACAUGGGCUCCUCCUUCAGAGCCUCCUGCCGUCCAUCACUGUCCCUGUCAAGUGUCACUUCCUCUGGGAGGCCUCCCUGACCUGUUUAAUAUUUAAUAUAAUUUAAUAUCUGCCACUCCCUCAACCUUUCUGCCCUCUUUCUCCCUGACACUCGGCCCUGACGUCUUACUGACUCGUCUGCCCCUCUCCCCAUCCAGGACACCGGCUCCAUGAGGGAGGGAGACGGCUGGUCUUAUGCAAAGCCGCCCCGGCACACAGUAGGUACUCUAUAAGUGCUCAUAGAUCGGCAGUGGACGCUCCAAAGUCCUGAUGUCUGGGCAGCAGUUGGGGACGGAAGAUCCAGAUGCUGAAAGUUGGCCCCUGGAGUGGAAGCCCAGAGGGAAGAGCAGGUCCCCAAGGCCACCAGGCUGGAAUUCCUACACCUGGCAGCCUCCCGGAGGCCCUCCCAGCAGCUGUGCCUCUGGCCCCCCGGGGCCCACCUCACCGGGUCCCACCCUGAGUUGACCAAGGGCUUCUCUCACCAGAGACGGCAGCAAAGAUGGGAGGGGACUCCAAGGGCAACUCCUGAGUCAUCUCCAACAUUUAUGGAGCACCAACUGUAUGCCCUGCCUUGGACUGGGCAGCACAGAGAUCGUACCUCAGUGACUUCCUGGGGGCCGGGGGUGGUGACUCAACCACCUCCCUGUCCUGAGGCCCUAGCUCUACAAAAUUUACGGAGCAUCUACUGGGUACCGGUGACUAAACUGAAGGUACCUGCGUACCUGCCAAGAGGGAGAAAUUCCACACAGUGGAUUUAGGGAGGAAGACAGUGCACUUUUCUGUUGACGCUUUUAAUUAAUUUUCUUUAACAGAAAGCAAUCCUUUUGGAAAGAAGUAAAGCAUUCCCAAGUAAGAAAAAAUACAACCCUACCACCUACCGAUGCUGGGAGGAAGUUCAGGAGGCCUCGGAGCCCCGAGGGGGCACCUGGGGAGAGUCUUCCUGGAGGAAAUGAGCUCUGAGCUGAGGCCCCAGGAUGCGCGGGCAGGAAGGGCCCUGUGGGAGGCAGCCGGCCGGAGGCUGGGGUGCUGAUGUCGUGCACCCAGGCCCAGCCGUUGCAGCAUGUCCCCGAGCCAGCGUUUCUGGGGGGAGCUUCCUGCAGCCCUCAUCCCUGUGAUUGUCUCUUUCUGUCUCCCCAGCGCACUCUUGUGCUGGAACUCUGCGAGGUCACAGCCACUCUGUCUCAUCCACCUGUCUGUCCCCAGGGCCCAGAGCUCACAGCAGUCACCAAAACUCCUGUCUUUCCAGGAGUCCAGAAUGUGGUUUUAUCUGGACAUCGGUCUUUGCAGAUGUCAUUAGUUUAAAGACCUUGAGAUGAGACCCUCCUGGAUCAGGGGUGGGCCCUACCUCAAUGACCGGCGUCCGUGUGAGGACAGGAGAGGACACACAGACACACAGAUAAAGGUCACGUGGGACGAAGGCAGAGACUGGAGUGAUGUGUCGAUCAGCCAGGAAACUCUGGGAGCCCACCGGUGCCCGGACAGGCACGGGUUCUGUGUCCCGGAGCCUUGGAGGGGUUCUGGCUCUGCUGACCUUGGUUUCCCAAUUGUCCAGAACUGUGGGCGAAUACGGUUCUCUUGUUUUCAGCCACCAAAUUCGUGGCACUUUGUUCCAGCAGCCGCCAGACGCUCGUAAGUUUUGCUCGUGUGGGUGAACAGGUGAGUGAAGGAAUAAACCAAAAGCAGCUCUGGUGGCCGCCCAGGGCCACUUGGGUGUGGCGAGGCGACUGCCCUCGUCCCCUGUGACUGGGCUUGUAUUCUGGGGUGCCUGCUCGGGCUGUGGGGCUGGGGAGGCUGGAGGCCGUCCAGUGUGUGUGUGUGGGGGGGGGGGGUGUAAGGAGCUCCCGAGGUGACUAGGAAAUCGGGUUGUGUAGACAUUGCCUGCCCUCCCCUGUCCCCAGAAGCCCGUGUCCACACCUAGCGUGGACGCCCAGCUUCUGGGGACCUCGCCCCUCCUGAGGCCCUUCAGAUACACUGCAGCGAGUGCUUAUCCUCAAAUAUGAAUGCUCCUCGAAGUGUCCCCCCAAGUGACUCUCCUCACCUUCAGUUAGAGCCCAGGGCCAGGCCGCCGGGGGGAUUUUCUCCACCUGUCCUCCCUUAGUUCUCCUGCCGGUCACUCUGAAGGUCAGGAGGCAGCGGGAUGCAGGGGGAAAAGCCUGAAUCCGGGCUCUGUGCUGAGCGAUGGGGGGAGGGUCGCUCCUCUCUGAGUCUCAGUUUCCCCAUUUGUAACGGGAAGAAUGUCGCCCGGCUUCGAGAAAGCCGUGGUGGAGAGUGGAUGAGAAGAAGCUGGUCCCGGGUUGGCGUAGGUGUUUCUACGAGAGUGGGCUUGGGGUCCUGCUCUCCCGGGACAUAGCCCUGGAUCCUAAAGGGCGUUAGAC